AGCGGAUCUCCUUCUCAGUUUUGUGGGGCAAAAAAACCAAAACAAAGCAAUCCUCCUCUGCGUCUUUGAUUGAAUGGUUCUAUGGAUUUUUGUGUGACAGCUAAAGAAUUAUGAUGCCAAACUUAGGAGCAAAGAGGAAAGACCAUCUAUCCAGAAUGGACAGGUUCACCGAGGACUUGCCAAAGCUGAGCAACGAGAUGCAGCUGAGCAUCAUGAACAAGGUGAAGAGCGGCGAGUUGUCCGUCGAAGAUGCUCUGGACCAGGCCAGGAAGGACUGGGGUCAGCUGCUCAAGCAGCAGAGCCUGGCUGAGGAGGAACAGAAACCCACACAGUACAACUUCAGUGUUCAUAAGCACGGCCGUUACAGGUGGCAGAAGCGGGUUCUUCAGAUUGACUUCAAGACCAAAAUGCUAUGCAGCAUAGAGAAAGGCAUCAUCAAGCGACAACUUCCCUUCUCCAUGGUCAAGAGUUGUGACGAUGGAGUCGGGUCCAGGUUCUCCAUUUCCUUUAAAGGACAUCACGAUUACGAAUUGGAGGCCACAUCCCUGGAGGACAAACACGAGAUGAUGCAACUUGUGAAUCAAAUCAUUUACGGGAACAUAUACAGUGAUGCUGCAGAAACUCAUCAGCAGCCUCAGGCAACCCAGAGCCUUCGGGAAGGCGUCUUGCUGCUACACAGAGGAGGCCUGGCGUCACUCAGAUGGGUGAAAUAUGAGGUCCAGCUUCACCCAGGCCAGCUCACCCUGGUCCCCUUCAGGAGUCGAGGCCCCGCUGACGGUGAGGCGACAUCCCCGGUGCCCGUGUCCACUGUGAUCCACCUGUCAGACGGCGACACCGGCGUACGGAAACCCCACAGCUUGGACACUUUCACCCUGGUCACCCACAAAAAUGAGUACCGGUUCAAGGUGCCUGUGUCAGAUCAAACCAGUGCCCAAGGGGCCGUCCAGAGGGAGCGAGAUGCUUGGGUCCAUGCAAUUGACAAACUGUGUUCAGACUGGAAGCGGAAGUCCAGGGGCGAACACACGUUUGUGGAAACAGAGUCUCAACGACAUCUCAGCAUAGCCGAAGAAGCAGAGGACGCCAAGACAGAGUUUGAGUCAAGUGGUGGAUUUGGCAGUGGGACUAUAAUUUGUCCUCCAGUUGAUUAUGCAAAUGCAGAUCCCGCUCCCAGCAGCGGAGAUCGUUUAUCAGCUGAUUAUACAAAGCCUGUUCCUGAACCUCGAAGCACUGGGAAGGCUGCCGCUCAAAUGACUGGACCUGAACUUUUGCCUCCCGUCCCGUCACCAACCUCUCCCAGUGUUCUUCCUUUAUCAUCGGCCACCUCUCCUCCGACCUCAACCUCCCAUGCUCCCCGCACAUCCUCCUCCACAGUCCCAGAGUCUCUUAAACAUGAGCCAGGCUCGUCGGUUGUGAAAGGGCCUCCGCCCCCGAGGAUCCCGGCCGCCCCACCUUUACCCUUCAAACUGAAGACAAAUUCAAGAAAACCCCGCACCAAGGCUUUCCACUGGGACCUAGUUGGCUCAGAGAAGAUUGCAAAAUCAUUUUGGAUACAAGAAGUCACCGGGAGGGUUGAAAUCGACACAUCGCGCUUAUACGAGCAAUUUGCCGUCAAAGAUCCGGGGACGUUUGGUGUGGCUGAACAGAGUAAUACGCAGCAUAUUAUGCUCAACCAGAAGAUUGCACACAACUUCAACAUUUUCCUCAAAAGUUUUCCGGUGCAGCCGGGAGAGCUGAAGGACAAACUGUUCAUCGUUAACGAGGAAGAUGGAGGCCUGUCUGAUGAGCACAUCACCUCUCUGAGGAGGUAUGUCCCCACCGUGGAUGACGUGGAAAUGUACAAAUCCCACAGGGGACCUGUGACAGAGCUGCAUAUUGUUGACCAGUACAUGAUGGAGAUGUGCAACAUCCCCUACCUGAGCACUCAACUCGACCUGCUGCUGAUUCUGAGGGAGCUUCCGAUCAGCAUGAACGACCUGGAGCCUCUGAUUAACCAGAAGAUCAGAAUGUGCAUGCAGCUGUACAACUGCAGGUCAUUUGUUUCCGUGCUGGAGUACCUCCUUGCCAUUGGCAAUUACCUCAACGAGAACGCCGGGAAGGAAAAGGCCAAGGGAUUCCGCCUCUCCUCCUUAACGAAACUCUUCCAGCUCCGUGGCAGAGAGAGGAAGUUCACCUUGCUCCAUGCCCUUGUGGAGCAGAUCAUGUUGCAUGAACCGUGCUUGGCCGCUUUUACCCAAGAGUUGGCAGAAUUUGAAACCGUCCCCGGGGCUUCCAUCAAGGGCCUGACCGCAGAAGUAGAUGUCCUGAAGAACGAACUGCAGAAAGUCAUUCAGUACAGGAAAAAGUCCAAGAAGAGAAAUGCUGGCACUCAUCACCCAAACUUUUCCAAAGACCUGGAGAUAGCAAUUGAAAAAUACAACACGGAUCUCGCGGCACUGAGGAAGACGUGUGAGGAGAUGAAGAAACUGUACUCUGUCAUACUGGUCAAAUUUGGAGAACCGGCGGAUCAAGACUCCCAGGAGCUCUUUGGGCUGAUCUGUCAGUUCGUCCACGAUUUCAAGAGGACACAUGCUGAAAUUAUAUGAGUUACACACUAUGGUGUGCAUAUCAGUGACCACUGAGGCCUGCAGGGAUGCUUAUUAAACAGAGUAAAAGUUUAAGUGACAGUUCAAAAACAGUAAGAUUAUUAUUUGACAUUAAAAAUGAUAAUAAUAGAGUAAAAUGUUGCUUGGAUUUAUAGUUUUAGUGUCUGUCUUCAUUUUUCUCCUGUUUUGUUGUACAGAUAUUUUAUUUUAUAAUGUAUCCUGGAUGUGAUUCAUUGUAUAUACAUGAGAAGUGCAGAGUGAUGCUCAUGCACCUGGACAACAGGAGGUCAGCUGAAAUACAUUUUGUAAAUGUAAAACUGAUCCGCGUCGCAUUGCUUCAUGUCAGACAUGGGUUCGAUUUUGGGCUGACUUCAUAUUUAGCUCGGGAUAAAUCAAUGAAGUAACGAAUCAAGUAAUGAAGGAUUUGAAACCCCUUCGGCUGUAGGAAGCGCUCGGAUGCCCUGCUGGCAGGGGAGCAAACGAGACGGCACUUCAGAGGCAGGCUGAGGGGGCCGGCGCACUUUGAGUGUGUGGAUUUUCUUAAUGUUAUCAGGCUGUGGUCAGAGUCCUUUCC